GUCUGACGGUCACGCAAUCCAUCGGGACCGCAACGGUUUUCAACUAUGAUUCUGUGAGAAGGAGCAAAGCUUUUUGGUUCCUGUUUCAGUACGUUUUCAGCAUCAGUGGGACUGUAUGACAGACCCUACCAUUGCAGUGCACUGAGUGUGGAGCCUAAAACAGCUAUACGGCCUGGAAAGAGGAAUUCACAGCAGGGAGUGGCUCCAAACUUUGGCCAUGGAGAAACCCGAGGAAUCCCACCUCUUGGAGAAACCGUGGAAGUGUGGUGACUGCGGGAAAGGCUUCCCUUUCCCAUCUUCCCUGGAGAUUCACCAGCGUAGUCACACCAGGCAGAAGCCGUUCACCUGCCCUGUCUGUGGGAAGGCCUUCAGACAUUCCUCCACCCUGCUGACCCACCAGCGGAUCCACACUGGGGAGAGGCCGUACAGCUGCCCUGAGUGCGGGAAGGCCUUUACCCAGGUCUCUGGACUGAUAAACCACCAGUGGGUCCACACGGGGGAGAGGCCCUUCAGCUGCCCAGAGUGCAGGAAGGCCUUCAGCAAUUCCUCCUCUCUGCUGAGGCACCAGCGCGUCCACACAGGGGAGAGACCCUUCAACUGCCCCGAGUGCAGGAAAGCCUUCAGCAAUUCCUCCGCCCUGCUCAGGCACCAGCGGGUCCACACUGGGGAGAGGCCCUUCAGCUGCACUGAGUGCGGGAAGACUUUCAGCAAUUCCUCCACCCUGCUGACUCACUGGCGGGUCCACACAGGGGAAAGACCCUUCAGCUGUCCCACGUGCGGGAAGGCCUUCAGCAAUUCUUCCGACAGGCUGACCCACCAGCGGGUCCACACUGGCGAGAGGCCAUUCCCCUGCCCCGAGUGUGGGAAGGCCUUCACCCGCUCCUCCCACCUCCGGAGGCACCAGCGAGUUCAUGUACCAUCGCAGGGGGAUUGAAGGAGCGACGGCUGAGUGCCAUUAUCGAUUGGACUAUCAACCCAGUUCCAGGGGCUCCCGGGUUUGAAUCCCGCCGCGGCAGAUGGCUCUAUACAGGGUAUGGGUUGAAAUUGCUGAGUGAGGCAAUACUUCCUCCGGGUUACGGCUGUACCAAGAUCCAAUUAGAAAGGGACAUCUCUGUGCUGACCAAUAGUAAAGACAGUGAGGUUGGGUGGGGGUAUAGGCGUGAGUGGGUGUGCCUUGACCUUGAGCUGUUUAAAAAGCAGCUACUUUUUCUCUGCCUUUUUGCUGAGGGGGAUUUGAAGCUUUCACAAA